CCUAGGCGGCCUAUCGUCGAUAUCGAGCGCAAAUUUCGAAACGGCUCGUUGUUGAUGUUUUUAGAGAAAAGAACAAUAUUAAUAUUAUUUCAAUAGACUGGCAGUCUUGUAUGUAAUAAUAUAAGGAAUAUAAGGAUAAGAUUCCACAUCAUGUCAUCAGAUAAUUCUUUAACAAACUCUUCUGAAGCUGAACUUGGCAAACUCUGCAAUAAUCUGGAACAGGUUCGCCAUAAGCUUCUGGAUCAGUAUAUGUCAGAGGAUUUAGAGAAGUAUCAAGAACAGGCAAGACUGAAUCAUGAAGAGCAGAUUCAGAAGGGCAAAGAAAGUAUACAACAACUGAAUGAGAACUUACAAUCAUUGUUGAAUCAAGCAGAAGUCAACAAAAGAAUUGCAGAGGAACGUAAAGAAGAGUUGAAGAAAAUGAAGAUCUCAAUUGAAACCUCAAUGAAAGAAAUGCAAGAAACACUUUUACAGAAAGAAAGCACAGAAGGACAAUUGAAAAUUAUGACCAAAGAAAUUGAAAAAGAACAAGAAUUACUGGUGGCACAAGAAAAAGCCACACAUCUACGGUUACAGGAAUUAAGGAAAGCCACAAUGUUUUACAAGGAUAGGCUAGCAUUUUCCUUCAAGAAAAUUGAUGGAGAUCAUCUGCAGAUUGUUUUUACACAAAUCAACCCAAAUAAUACUGACCAACCAUAUUUCUUUGUGGUGAAAGUGAAUUCUGACAAAAAAUAUGAAGUUACUGAUUGUCAGCCAGCUAUUUCGAAUCUAGAUGAACUAAUAUGCAAGCUCAACGAAACAAAUAACUUUUCACAGUUUGUCAUCACUGUCCGCAAAGCUUUUAAGAGUAUGAUAUGAAAUGACUCAUAAGCAUGGCUUGUAGCUGAGACUCGAUGGAUCGUGUGACCCACACGGCCACCUGAAACUGAGCCAAGUAUUGUGCGCAGUACCACCAGCCUUACCAUGACUCAUGUGACUUUAAGUGUACAACAAUCAUGGACUACAGAGGGCAGUGUUUGAAAUUGCCAAAACCUGUGUUUAUAAUUAACUUCUUCCUGUCAAUCAAAAUAUGUAAAUGGAUAGCCUACUACACAGUAGAUAUUUCUUAUUGUCAAAACGUCAUGAGAUUUGCUUUCCUUCUUACAGUUCAUAAAUAUUAAUUUACAGUGUUCAUAUUUUUUUGUGUAUACAGUUGAACUUGCCUAUGUCGAAUCCAAAAUGGCAUUGAAAAAUUGACUUAGAUAAAAUUUGACUUACAGGUCGUUAAUGAAAUACACAACAUUUGGCCUGUAAAAUAAGAUUGACUUAGAAAUUAUUCAAGUUAGGCAAAGUCAACUUAUGAAAGUUGAACUGUUCAGUUAAUAGGUGACCUGAUGUUAGCAUCAUCGAAAUGCAAAUGCCAUUGAGCACUGCAUCUAUGUUCCCGUGGAUGUGUAGACAGGUUGAGGCAAUUUCACCAAUAGAAACAUCAAUUAUUAAAAUAUGUGUCAGCAUCUAUGUUCCCGUGGAUGUGUAGACAGGCUGAGGCAAUUUCACCAAUAGAAACACCAAUUAUUAAAAUAUGUGUCAGCUCAGCCCAUGCUAUCAACUCUACUGUGUCAGUUUCUUGUGAUUGACCCAUAUAUGGUUCAGUUUGACCUUUGACAUCAAUGCCCAAAUGUAACAACUGUAACAUAUUUCUUUAAAAGUCUGCAUGCAUUUCUUCAAAUUCACGCUUAAUGUAUGCUUUUAUUAUCUCCUGUACUUAUAUUUUUAUAAUUUUUAUUUUUUAAUUUUAUGUAAAUAUUCUGUACAAAUUGCUUCUGAGAACUCUUUUUUAUUACAUUCUACAAUUUAAAAUUAUAUAAUUCAAAGCAUUGGAAAGUAUGUGUUGUACUAUAACUGCAUUGAAACUUGUUCAAUUUCUUUUUUCUUAAAUGAUGUAGGAAUCGAUUUUUGUGUGUUUUUUAUCAACAUAUAUUUUGUAUAAUAAUGUAUACACGUUGAAUGUGA